AUGAGUUUUAAAAAACAACUUCCAAAUAUUAUAAUAUGUGGAACACCUAGUGUAGGCAAAUCUCGUCUAUGUCAAGAAUUAUGUUCAUCUAAUAAAUUACUUAAAUAUAUAAAUAUAAAUGAUUUAGCUAAAAAAAAUAAAUAUCUUCUUGAAUAUGAUGAAGAAAAUCAAUGUGAUAUUCUUGAUGAUGAUGCCAUUAAUGAUUAUCUUUAUAAUACAUAUUUUCAAAAAUUAUUACCAUCUGGUCUUAUUAUUGAUUAUCAUAGUGCAGGUAUAAUACCUGAUAAUAAUCAUAUACAUGGUAUAUUUGUUUUACGUUGUAAUAGUGAUAAAUUAUAUGAACGAUUAAAAAAUCGAAAUUAUUCAACGAAAAAAAUUGAACAAAUUAUUCAAUUUGAAAAUUUUCAAGUAUGCCUUCAUGAAACUCAUGAAGCAUUUGAUGAAUCAAUUGUUCAUGAACUUAUCAAUGAAACAGAAAAUGAUUUAAAAAAUAAUAUUGAAUAUUUAUUAAAAUGGAUUGAUCGAUGGCCAUUAAAUAAUACUAUUGAUUAG